CGGAUGCAGAUCGCGCCGGGCAAAAUCCUCGUCGCUGUGCCUGUGUUCUCGUCUACCUGGACUAAACGUUUGCUUCGUUCCGUGUACCUGGAUUAAACGUUUACUUCGUUCCAUGUACCUGGAUUAAACAUGCGCUUCGCAGUCCAUUAUCCAUACCCAUGACCUGGGGAUCGCUAUGGACCUUAAAAUACCUGCAAAUACCCGCAGCGGCCCCUUCGUCCCAAGUUUGAUGUGUGAAGAAUUACAUUGACUGAGAAAGAAACCCAGAAGAGGAGGAAGAGGAUAGAAAAGGAGUAAGGGAUGGCUCUUUCUCAGGAUUGACUUCUGAACAGUCAUGCUAUGUGAUGAAGAAGCCCAGAAGAGGAAAGCAAAGGAGUCAGGGAUGGCUGUUUCUCAGGGACCUUUGACAUUCAGGGAUGUGACCAUAGAGUUCUCUCAGGAGGAGUGGAAAUGCCUGGACCCUAUGCAGAAAGCUUUGUACAAGGAUGUGAUGUUGGAGAACUACAGGAACCUGGUCUUCCUGGGUAUCUCUCCUAAAUGUAUGAUCAAGGAAUUACCACCAACAGAGAACAGUAAUAUAAGAGAAAGAUUCCAAACAGUGACACUGGAAAGACAUCAAAGCUACAAUCUUGAAAAUUUAUACUUCAGGGAAAUACAGAAAAAUCUACAUGGCCUUGAGUUUCAAUGGAAAGAUGGUGAAAGAAAUUAUCAAGAAGUGCCAGUGCCCCAUGAAAACAAUGUUGCUGGUAACAGAGCUCAACAUAGUCAAGGGGAUGUAGAAAACAAGCAUACUGAAAACCAGCUUACGGCAAGCUUUCAGUCACACCUGGCUGAACUGCAGAAAGUCCAAACUGAGGGGAGAACUUAUGAAUGUGAUCAAAUGGUGAAGACAAGUAAUAAUGGUUGUUUAGUUUCUCCACACAUUAGGGGAAAAUCUUAUGUGUGUAAUGAAUGUGGCAAAACGUUUGGAGAGUCUUCCAGUCUUAGUACUCAUCAGAUGAUACAUACUACAGAGAAACCUUACAAAUGCAAUGAGUGUGGCAAAGCCUUUUGUCGGGCCUCACUAGUAACUGUACAUCAGGUAGUCCAUACAAAAGGGAAACCAUGUCAAUGUGAUGUAUGUGGCAAGAUCUUCAGAAAAAAAUCAUAUUUUGUAAGACACCAAAGGAGUCACACUGGACAAAAACCCUACAUAUGUAAUGAAUGUGGCAAGUCCUUUAGUAAAAGUUCCCACCUUGCUGUUCAUCGGAGAAUUCAUACUGGUGAAAAGCCUUACAAAUGUAAUAUGUGUGAGAAAUCUUUUAGUCAACGUGUCCAUCUUAGACUUCAUCAGACAGUUCAUACUGGUGAGAGACCCUUCAAAUGUAAUGAGUGUGGCAAAACCUUUAAACGGAGCUCAAACCUCACUGUACAUCAGGUAAUCCAUGCAGGAGGGAAACCACAUAAAUGUGAUGUAUGUGGCAAGGCAUUCAGACAUAGAUCGAAUCUUGUAUGUCACCGGAGAAUCCACAAUGGAGAGAAACAAUACAAAUGCAAUGAAUGUGGCAAGGUCUUCAGUAAAUGUGCAAGUCUUGCAGUGCAUCGGAGAAUCCAUACUGUAGAGAAACCUUGCAAAUGCAAUGAAUGUGGCAAGGUGUUCAGUAAACGUUCAAGUCUGGCAAUGCAUCAGAGAAGUCAUACUGGACAGAAACCUUACAAAUGCAAUAAAUGUGGUAAGGUCUACAGUAAGCAUUCACAUCUUGUAGUGCAUUGGAAAAUUCAUACUGGAGAGAAAGCUUACAAAUGCAAUGAAUGUGGCAAAGUUUUCAGCAUAUAUUCACGUCUUGCAGCACAUCAGAGAAUUCAUACUGGAGAGAAACCUUACAAAUGCAAUGAGUGUGGCAAGGUCUUCAGCCUGCAUUCACGUCUUUCAGUGCAUCGGAGAAUUCAUACUGGAGAGAAACCUUAUAAAUGUAAAGAAUGUGGCAAGGUCUUCAGUGACUGUUCAGCUUUUGCAAAGCAUCGGCGAAUUCAUACUGGAGAGAAACCUUACAAAUGCAAAGAAUGUGGCAAAGUCUUCAGUCAGUGUUCACGUCUUACAGUCCAUAAGAGAAUUCAUAGCGGAGAGAAGCCCUACAAAUGCAAUGAAUGUGGCAAGGUCUACAGUCAAUACUCACAUCUUCUAGGGCAUCGGAGAGUUCAUACUGGAGAGAAACCUUACAAAUGUAAUGAAUGUGGCAAAUCCUUUAAUCAGGGCUCAACACUCAAUAGACAUCAGAGAAUUCAUACCGGAGAGAAACCUUACAAAUGUAAUCAGUGUGGAAAUUCCUUUAGUCAACGUGUCCAUCUAAGACUUCAUGAGACAGUUCAUACUGGAGACAGACCCUACAAAUGUAAUGAGUGUGGAAAAACCUUUAAACGGAGCUCAAACCUCACUGCACAUCAGAUAAUUCAUGUAGGAAGGAAACCAUAUAAAUGUGAUGUGUGUGGCAAGGGAUUCAGGCAUAGUUCACAUCUUGUAAGUCACCAGAGAAUCCACACUGGAGAGAAAAGAUACAAAUGUACUGAAUGUGGCAAGGCCUUUGGACGGUUGUUUUCCCUCAACAAACACCAAAGAAUUCAUUCUGCAAAAAAACCUUAUAAAUGUAAUGAGUGUGGGAAACCCAUUAUUUGUUGCUCAGGCCUCACUAAACAUCAAAUAAGACAUACUGGAGAGAAUCUUACAACUAAACUCAAUAUACAAGCCUUAGACAUUGUCCUAGCUUCUGGAAUCGCCGAAUAAUUCAUACUUAAUAAUAUAGCUUGUAUAUGUAUCCCUUUUUUGAAAUCUCAUGUGGAAUUGUAAUCUCCAGUAUUGGAGGUGGGGUCCAUUGGGAGGUGACUGGAUCAUGGAGGUGGAUUUCUCCAGUUAAGAAAGAUUCAGCAUCAUCAUUGGAUCUCAAGAUUUAGCAUCAUCCUCUUGGUUCUGUCCUGGCAGUAGUGACUUCUCUUGAGGUCUGUGUAUUUAAUAGUGUACAGCACUUCCCUGUUGCUUGCUCUCAUUCUCACAAUGUGAAAUACCUACACCCUCUUUGCCUUCCACCAUGAUUUUAACCUUCCUGAGGCUUCCCUAGAGGGUGAUCAGAUGCCAGCAUUUUGUUUCCUGUUAAGCCUGCAGAAGUGUGAGCCAAUUAAACCUCUUUUCUUUAUACAUCA